AUGGCAAGUACUUCAGCAAAAGAAGUAUUUUGUUAUCUUUAUGUUGAUGGACAUUUUGUAAAAGAUUUACAAGGGAAGAUGACCUAUGAAGGUGGGAGAUUAAUUUCUAAAUUGAUUAGAGAAGGCAUAAAUCUUGAAGAGCUGUUGAGGAUGGUGUCAUCAGUGACAGGAGUUGAAAGUGGUGCAUCUGAGUUAAAAUUUACAGUGAAGUUUAGUGAAGACACAUACAUAGAUUUGUUAGACGAUGAGGGAGUACAACAUUUGAUAAAGUAUAAUGAUGAGUCAGCACAUGUGCAUGUUGAGACAAAUGAUAAUGAAAUAAAUGGAGCAAUGGAUAACUCGAUGGAGAUGGAGAAUUUGUUAACAUGGUUACUGCCAGGAUCUCCUUGUAGGCAAGAGCUUGAAAGUAUAUCACCCUCUUUGUCAUGUUCAACACAAAAUGCUCUUGCACCACUGCCUGAGGUUAAUUCGCUUUGUGAGAAAUUGAAGGAGACGGACCCAGACACAGUUGCAAAGUGGGUUGCCUCGACAAAUUAUAGAUUUGAUAGACUUUUUAUUGCAUAUGGAUACUGCAUCAAAGGGUUUCUCCAAGGUGCUCAUCCAAUUUUGUUUAUCGAUGGAAGUCAUUUAAGCGGUCCAUAUAAGGGGACUUUGCUAGCAGCUUCUGCAAUUGAUGCAAAUAAUGACUUAUUUCCUUUAGCUAAUGCAAUAGUGGGUGGAGAAACAUAUGAUAAUUGGGCUUGGUUUCUUGAAAAUGUGAGAGAGAUCACACACCAAGUUCAAUUGACCAUAAUGUCAGACAGGCAUAAUGCUAUUGUUGGUGCAAUACGUGCAAUAUUUGAUGGCAAUCGACAUGCUUUUUGUUAUCGUCAUGUUAAAGAAAAUUACAGCUCAAAAUUUACAAAAAUUAAUAGAGGCAUGCGAAGGAUUGAUGGGAUCACCAAGGAAGAUGCACUUAAGUUGUUGGAUAAUAUUGCAUAUGCAAGGUUGGAAACAGAAUUUCAUGUUGCUAUGCAUCAUUUGAUGGUUUUCUCCCCACAGUUGGCAAGAUGGUUAGAAACAAAUGGGGACAUAAAUCUUUGGGCGUUAGCAAGAUUUCCAUAUAAAAGAUGGGACAAUAUAACAUCAAACCAUGCUGAAUCUUUCAAUGCUUGGUUAGUGAAAGAGAGAAAACAUCAUAUAUGUGCGUUGAUAAAUGAGCACCGAGCAAAAUUAGCGAGGAAGCUAUACAAUAGCAAAAUAGAAAUGGUGAAUUGGUCAAACGGAGUUGGACCACGUGUUGAGGCAAAAUGGAGGGAGAAUGUAUUGAGAGCUGAAGUUAUGGUGGCUGAACAUUAUAGUGUGAAUAUGAUACUAGUGAAGGUAGGAAACAAUGACUUGAGAUUGAAUCUAACAUUGCAAGAAUGCUCUUGUCAAGAAUGGCAAAUGGUAGGAAUUCCUUGUGCACAUGCAUGUGCAGCAAUAAAAUUAGUUCAGGGUAAUAUGUAUUCAUAUGUUGAAGAAUGCUACACUAUUCGUGCACAAGAAAAAAUUUACAGCUCUACAAUGAUUCCGGUGGAAACCAUUGACAUGCCUCAGUUAACCGAGCUACAUUAUGAAGAUUAUGAAAAGAAUACCUUUUUGGAACCACUACUGACUACACGUCCCCUAGGGCGACCACCUACCAAGCGAAGAGAGUCUCAAUUUCAGAAUAAAAAAGUGUAUCAUUGCUCAAGAUGUAAUCAAGCUGGACAUACCAAGAAUAGAUGUAGGAAUCCCAAUCCAAUAUAA